GCCACUCCUGCCCAACUCCUGCCCGGACACUCUCCACGGCCCUAUUUCGUGCUGUCCCUGUCUUCGACAUGCCGCCGAAACGGACACGCCGAACACCUCCUGCACAGUCUGGACUUUACGCUGGAGAGCGGCUCAAGCGCGCAAAACUCACAGACAGCAGAGGCUAUUCAGCUUGGGGAUGGGUGGGGACGGAGGUGUCUGACGCAUCCCAAAUCGCUCUACAACAUCGGUUAGCCACCUGUGGCUUCUCGGAGAACAGCUCACAUCCUCUAUGUCUGAACCGCUACGCCUCUGCCAAGUCGCCAUCCAUGCAGAAGAGUUGUCUGAACGGUGGCGGAAAGGUGGCAGAGGGGGAGCUGGAGGAUGAUAUCAUUGUCAUUUCGGACGAUGAGGCACCCAGAUGUACCAGUAAGGCUUGCAAGUCAAACCCGUAUUGUCUCAACUAUCUUGGCCAAGAGAAGUGGGAAGAUGAAGUGAAAGCACGCAAUGCUUUUCUGAAGGCUGCCAAUCUCGGAGAGAAUCCGGCGAAGCACUCCAGGAAGCCAGGACUUCCCGUUGGUUUGAGAAACCUGGGUGCUACAUGCUAUGCAAACGCAUACCUACAGGUAUGGUUCCAGGACUUGCCCUUCCGCAAUGGCGUCUACAGGUGCCAGUUGCCCGAGGAUGAGAAGUUCAGCUUGGAGGUUUCACCCAUUUUUCAGCUUCAAGUCGCGUUCGCAGCGAUGCAAGAAGGCAUGGAGAGCGCUUUCAACCCCGUCAAGUUGGUAGAAAGUCUGAAACUUCGGACCACGGAGCAGCAAGACGCACAAGAGUUCUCAAAACUAUUCAUGGCCCACCUCGACACUGAAUUUCAGAAACAGCCGGAUCCGACACUCAAAACGCUGGUAGCCAAUCAGUUUCAAGGCAAACAGACCUAUGUCACAACAUGCCAGAAGUGUCAGUAUCGCUCAGAACGGAGUUCGGACUUCCUUGAGCUCGAGGUCACAAUCAAGAACAAUUCAACACUCGAAGAACGAAUGGCAGCUGUGCUCGAGCCUGAGAUGAUGUCCGGAGACAACCAGUACUCUUGUCCGCGGUGUGAACGCCUACAAGAUGCGAAGCGACAUAUGGAGCUCAGCUCCCUCCCUCCCGUGCUCCACUUCUCCUUGCUGCGCUUCGUGUACGAUCUGUCGACCAUGGAGCGCAAGAAGAGCAAGCACAACAUAUCCUACCCAACCACGAUCGAUAUGGACAGGUUCCUCGGGCCUCCGGAGUCAGGCCCUCGGAAGCGACGGCGGAGAGGUGACGAUCAGAAGACUUUGUACCAGCUGCGGGGCAUUCUGUUGCACAAAGGCGCCAGUGCAUAUCAUGGUCACUAUGAAGCACAGGUGUUCGAUGUUCACACUCAAUCAUGGUACCAGUUCAACGACGAGACAGUAACCAAGAUUGAUUCGCUCGUGGGGAAAGUACCAAAUGGUACUCAAGCUGGCUCGAAGGCGAAGAAGAACUCAGCGCCAACAACAACCAAUGGCAAGGCCAAGAAGACUCCCCCAUCCGCUGAGAGCGAUAACAGCGACAUCGAGAUUCUGGAACAAUCAUCGCCCGCAGAGACAGACAAGCCUUCGCUCGAUAGACCAGUGUACAUCUCAUCCAAGGAAGCAUACAUGCUCGUCUAUUCCCGCGUUGACAAUGUCAAGUCUGCUAGCGCAGAGCGCCCUGCGACGUCCACUGGCACAGGCCAGGACCAUCAUACAGCCGGCAUGUCCCUCCCGAGACCACCCCCGCGAGCGGAAGCAGCUGUUGCUGCUUUGAACGAAUGGCAAGCGUCGGCAUGUAAGGCGUACGACGACAAGAAACAGCAGACGCUGGCUCAGUUCGACGAGAUACGCCAGAGAAUCAUGAGCAUCGUCAAGUCGUGGAACCUCACUUCUCGCGAUCAGGAGUGUGUGGUGGCGAGCCGGCAAGGUCUCGAAUCGUGGAUAUCACGCCAUCUAAAGCCACUAUCGCCCUCAAAGCCUGAGUCUGAGUCUGAGUCGAAGGCCAAUGAUGAGACAGCUAGUGCCUCACCCGCGGAAGACAAGGACCCGGACUCGAUAGAGCCCACUAGCGAUAAGGACGUCAUAACCAUGUCGCAGGUCUUGUGCGAGCACGGUCGGUUGGAUCCCAGCAAGGCUGGUGACAUGAAGCUCAUAACCACGGCAGCGCACCGACGAAUCGCUGUGGAAGAGGCUUGUGAGCUGACACCAGCUCUUCAUCCUCUCAAUGUAUGCGAAGAGUGUGUCGUAGCUUUAUUCAACGAGAAGCUGUAUCAGGUCGAACAUCCGCGCUUGGUGGAUCAGUUUGACAGUAUUUCGGCGGUUGAAGAGGAUGAGCCUGGCUAUUGGAUAUCGAAGCAAUGGUUGAAAGACUGGAGACUAUCGAAGCCGAAGAUGCAUGUCCCGUCGGGACCAGAUUCUCCUCCAGAUGCCCCCGACUUCGUGCAAGACGUCAAAUGCGAACAUGGUGGUCUGUCUGCUAACAUCACUGCUCGCCGGCGAAUAUCUCCAGAGGCGUAUGUUAUUCUGAGGCGUCUUUUUCCAAGCUGGGAAGCAUUGUCGACAGACGCCGAACUGUGCCCAGUAUGUGAAGCACUCCUACAUAUCUCUAAAGAGGACAAGCGCGAGUUUCGGAGACAAGCCGAAGAGGAAAAGGCGAGGCUCAAGCACAUGUACGACAAUGCAUUGAACGGGAACACUGCCUUGCUCGAGAACACACCUUGCGCCAUCGUGCCUGCUCAGUUCGUUCGAGCAUGGAGGCAGUGGCUCCUACGUCCGGCUGAGGUUUCCCGUCCAGACAAACUUGAUAAUUCACUGUUUAUCUGCGAGCACGGCCUCCUAACCCUAGAUCCGAAUGUCAACAGCGACAUGGACACCUCAGUCACGAUCAUUAAGCGCACUGAUUGGGCUACUAUCGAAGAACUAUACACCGCAGGUCCGUUGAUCGCGAUAGAAAAUACGGGUUCAGAAAUCGAGCACGAGCUGCCAGUGUGUGCACCAUGUCGCCUGAAAAGGAAAUCAACAUUUGAUGUCACUGAGAUCACCAUCCGCAUCCUACGUCCUGACGCCCCAACACCUAGCCCCGAGACCUACUCCGAAGAACCAACAGCAGGACGAGUGGCAGAGACGACCAAACUGUCUACACUCGUGACGUAUGGCUCUCGGAAGAAUGGGGCGUUACGACAAUCAAGCAGGAUUAGGCAGGUGAAAGAACAAGGCAAACGCCGUCGGGUCACCAUCACGAGUGCUAUGUCAGUGAAGGAACUCAAAAUUUCGCUCCAAGAAGAACUAAGUAUCCCGGUGAUAUCUCAACGACUCUACUACCAUGGCCAAGAGCUGGAUGACAGUUCUGCAAAACUCGCAUCUCUGGGUAUCUUAUCGAAUGAUCUGCUGGAUCUGCAAGAACAGGCCGAAGAUGUCGACCUACUCAGUGAUUCGGACAAUGAACCGGGGGAGCGUCAUAGGAAGAGGAGAACAGAGGGUCAAGGCUUCGGAGGCACACUUCUCGGCGGGCUCCCCGCUUCUGACAUGGAAUCGCAAGCAGUUGCCCAUGUUCCAAAACCUUCCACGAGAGCUUGCCCCGCUUGUACCUUCGAGAACACCCUCGACUCCGCGGCUUGCACCGUCUGCGAAACUGUGAUGUAGUGGCUCAUGCCUCUGGUAGGCUCGGGGCCAAGGAGGAGGUCACAAAGUCAAGAUGUACGUACAUACAUAGUGGUUAGUAAUUACAAGUUCGGCGGUAGCAAUGGUGCUUUUUCUACAGA